AGAAUGAGGCGGUAACCAUGUGUUAAUCUUCCUGCUUGAAGUAAAACUAUUUUCCUAGGAGGUCAGUGUGCUGAGUGAGGUGACAGAGGACCUGCAGAAGGUUUGCUUCUGGCUGUGACUUUGGGAUAAAAUAAGGAAAAGGAUGGCAACUAUGUACCGAUCACCCUCUCUGGGAAACAAGGAAUUAGUGGCUCUGUAUGGAGGGGAAAGAGAUCAUUAUUUUGACAAGUAUGAGGACUGUAUCAGUGAGGAAUGUGACCUGGACUCGGAGUGCAGUGAGGAAGGAAAAGACGGGAGAGGCAUUCGCAGCUCUCUGUCACUGGAAAUCUUUGGUCUGCAGAGGGAGCAGUGUGUUUACUUCUCCAACCAGGAGUAUUACAGGAGGCUGGAGGAGCUGAAGAGCAAUCACCUGAGGAACAUGGCUGAGUUGGAGAGGAUGUACAUCAGCCAAGGCAAGGAAAGGCAUGGAGGGGGCGAUGACGCAUGUCUGGGAAGAAACAAAGAGGCCAGGCAGCUCCUCAGUGGCCCUGCCAGGAGACUCCAGAGGAUCAAUUCCCAGGAGGAGCUGGACUUCCAGGAGUCAUCAAGUGGCUCGGACCAGUCGGAGCUCUGUGGAGAGGACAGCAUUGGGGAGCUGGACUGGAUUCCCAGCCAGGAGCAAAUUUUUGAGAGAGACGUGCUGCUGAGCCCAGAGAGGAUGACGAGCCAGAACUGGUUUCGGUUCCAGCCCAAUACCUCCUGUCCGAAACCGCAGGCAAGAGUGUCCAAUCAAACUGGUGCCAGAUUUCUGCCCAACUCCAAAGUCACUGUUCCCAAACCUUUCCAGAUGAUGCUAAGAGAAGAGGAGAGGAAGAAGCACAAAGUGCGCACACGUUCGGAGAUUGAGCUGGAGAACACACUGCUGAGGCAGGAGCUGGAAGAGCUCCGAGAAUGCCAGAAAAAGUUCCGGGCGUCACCUGCUCCGGCACACAUACACCUGCCUCUCUAUGAAAUUAUCAGCCGUCGCAAUAGUCAACGGUCAAACCAAAGCAGAAGCAACACCAACAAUAACAGGAACAUGGAUACUACAAGCACCCAGACCUCUACUGCACUCUCACCACAACCUUUUCAGUUUUUGGAGAGAGAAAGGAGGAAGAAGGAGGCCAGGAUUGUGGCAGAGCUUGGAAAGUUUGGUGAGAGAAUGGAGCGACAGAACUUCAAGGCAAAGCCAAUGCCCACAUCUAUUUAUGGCACCAGACACAGAGAGGGCACCAUGACCACAAGCCGUGGUCCCCACACUCAAAUCUUCUACACAAUGGAAAGAGAAGCUAAUGAGAGCCAAAGUGAUCAAAGCUCAGACCUGGAGCUUGAUAUGCACCAAUCCGACUCCUCUCUCGACUCCUGCAGGUCCCAAAGAAGUCCUUCUUCCAAGCCAAUGAAGAAGCAAAUACAGCUGUCCAUUGAGAUGGUGAAGGGGAGAGAGACCCCCAACACAGACCCCAGCGGCUGCAACAUCUGCUUGUCUCAACAGCUGGGUGGCCCAGAGCUUCUGCUCAGUAACAAAGGUGUUCUCAGUGUGUGACAAAGUGUUUAAAACUCACAGCAAAAAGGGAGACUAGGAGCAGCUACAUCUACACUGUUUUUGAGUUAGUUUUACAAUGCAGGCAAGUCAACAUGGUUUCUAGUUGCUCUUGAUCAAACAAUAAAACACGGUUAAAGAAAUGCAUGUGCAAGGAUGUGUUGUU